AUGACGUCCACAUCACGAAGUCUACAACACGCUUGGGACACAGCAUGGACGACUGCACCACCUCAAGCAUGCGAAACUCUCCGCAACCUCAAUGGCGCCGUCGCUUGGGGCCAAACAUGUGUCUUUACCGAAGAAGAUAACGACCCGAUACCAUUUAGCAUAAAUACCGCUUGCAUGCCCUGGGUGACAUCGAAUGUCUAUCCAUCCCCAUCCGCUUUCUACUCGCCUGCUACCGCAUGCCCAGCAAAAUGGACGGCAGUCGCCACACAAACAGCAGCAAACGGAGAAGGCAGCGAUAAUAGAUGGAUAGAUGGGGAAAUUGGGCUGCAGUGCUGUCCCGAUGGAUUCCAGGCAGACGGAAGAGACGGAUGUAGACCGGAAGGUAGUGGCAGGUUUCCGGUUGUUGAAUGUGGGGAGGCGGACGCGGAGGAGAACGAAUUGAGAACGUACGACGGAGGUGCCUGGCCAGCAACCGCAACGCCGAGUAUCACGGCAUUGCACUUGAGAUAUCAACCUAGUGAUACUGGGGGCACGAACAGCCCAACAGCUUCGAGCACAGAGGCUACCAGUACCGGAGCUACUAGCAGUCAGAGUCCAGGAGGAGGUAGUGGCGGCGACAGUGGCAAUGGUAUCUCGACUGGUGCUAUAGCAGCGAUAGCCACAAUCAUUCCUUUGGUCAUAAUCAUCGGAGCGUUGGCAAUGUUUCUUUUGUGGAGGAGAAAGAAGAAGAACGGCAAAGCAGCGAUUGCGUUGAAGAACCUAGGAGACGAGAAAGACGACUACCCGUUACGAUCCGUCGACGACACAGCCAACCAAGCAGCAUCCACUCGCCACGACAUGCCCAAAGGCACUACUGCAGCAGCAUACUACACUGGCUCGUCCCAGCACCCACACGAAACACCCGAAUGGAAUGUGGAAAUGGAUGCUGUAGAGGCCGAGCGUCUGAAGGUCACUGGGACAUCUGCACAACAAUCUUCUAGUCCAGUGAGUCCAGAGAGCGGAGUUGAAGCAACAGAACUUGCUGGGUUGGCCAGGGUACCGAGAAAACCUAUUGCGCCCAUUGAGCUUGAUAGUACACCUGUGAUACCAGAGGUUGGGGAUGCGUAUAUACCGUAUCGACCUGGUAGAGAGUAG